CGUCUCAGCUAGCGAACGUUCCAAAAAAAAAGUAAAAUUCAAAUUUACAAAUCGCAGACCAAUCCGCGUUCGAUUUUUAAAUACCAUUCAAUUUUCGCGCCUAAAAAAUCGAAAAUAUUUUAUCUGUGUUUGGUUUUGUUGAAUUAUUUAAAGUGAAUUUUAGCAAGUGAAAGUGUCUAGGUCUAAAAGUGAAAGGCGAUAAACAUUUAUUUUGACAUCACGAAGACCCUCGCAAUGUCACAACACAAAAGCACUCCAGAGAAAUGUCAGCGGUGAAAUAUGGACACACAAAAUGGUACCACAAGCACCAUAGAUCGAAUGCAAACAAACACACAGACACAGUUCUGAAGAAGAGGAAAAACUGUUUAUUCAGCGAUGACAUAGAAAAAGCAAGAUGGCGCCGCAAAACAAGAUGGCGGCUGAGUCCUGUUCUGAUACCGUUAAUUAUUUUAAAUGUUGCUGGACCAGUGAAUGCGGAAACUCUUACCAGCAGAGUUUUGGCAUCAAUAUUCGGCUACUCUCCCACUUGUACCCUUGGGUCAGAAAUCAGGCCAUGUACCCUCUCCCUGACCUGCUGGCUGCGAGGUGCCACCAGGGUCAAAGGCUGCGGAUCCAGUUGGCUGUUCUCAUGCUGUGUGCCUCCUGAAAGUGGAACCAGUGAGCCUUUUGAUAACAGUAUACCAUCAUCAGAAUGGAUGUACAAGAAGGUGGUACCACCACAGCUGAGGCAAGUACCUCAGCGCAGCGUGGUGCCAGCUAACAUGUUCCGGCGGCGUGUAGACGAUGACGGGACUCAGGCGGAUUGCGGACUACCCUCCUCUCGGAUUCUGCAAAAGAGAAUCAUUGGCGGGCGGGAGGCUCGGUUUGCUGAGUUUCCCUGGCAGGCUCACGUCAGAAUAUCAGAGUUUCAAUGCGGAGGUGUUCUUGUGUCACGGCGGUUCGUGGCGACGGCGGCUCACUGCGUGUCGCGAGCGAGGCCGCGGGACGUGGCGGUGUGGCUCGGCGCACACGACACCGCUGGCACGCGUACCGCCAGGAAACUGGGAGUUAUCCAAAAAAUCCUCCACCCCUUAUUCCAAUUCCGUAUGACCCAACCAGAUCGUUACGACAUUGCACUCCUGAAGUUAUCCCGACCUAUUACGUACAUGAGCCACAUCCUGCCCAUCUGUCUCCCUGACUAUGACCUGGAGCUGCAGGGGAGGUCGGGGGUGAUCGCUGGUUGGGGAAAGACUGAUGCCAGCAACAGUCACACGGGGACAAAUCUGCUGAGAUCCGCCACGGUGCCUAUUCUUAGCAAAGAACAGUGCAUCAAAUGGCAUCAAAGUAAACAGAUCUCUGUUGAAAUCCACUCAGAGAUGAUAUGCGCGGGACAUUCUGAUGGACACCAAGAUGCGUGUUUAGGUGAUUCCGGAGGUCCUCUAAUAGUGUUGGACAAUGGUCGGUACUACUUAGCGGGGAUCACCUCGGCAGGCUUCGGCUGCGGGGUGGACCACCAGCCAGGAAUCUACCACAACGUAAAAGUCACCAGCAAUUGGAUCCGAGGAGUUAUUAAUCCUGUUACCAACUAUAUAGAUUUUUAACGUUAGCAUGUCGCAAUAACGAAAUUUAGACUAUGCGUAUAAUGGAAAAGCUCUCAAACUCAAAACUUAAAACUCAACCCUCAAAAGUCAUAACUUAACUAUCGACACUCAACAUUCAACACUCGACACUCAACACU